GUCGGGAACCGCCCCUCUAUCCGGGCUAUAACUUCCCGGAGCGCCGGGCGACUGCUGGCGGGCUGACUCGCGCGCCUGGCAGUGGACAUGGACCUCGCGCGCCUGUGGCUGGGGCUUCUGCUGCCAGUUGUGGCCGCCCUGGAUUUCCGAUACCACCACCAGGAAGGGAUGGAGGCGUUCCUAAAGAGCGUUGCUCAGAACUACAGUUCGAUCACACACUUGCACAGCAUCGGGAAAUCUGUGAGAGGUAGAAACCUGUGGGUCCUCGUGGUGGGGCAGUCUCCAAAGGAACACAGAGUCGGGAUCCCAGAAUUCAAAUACGUGGCGAAUAUGCACGGAGACGAGACCGUGGGGCGGGAACUGCUGCUCCACCUCAUUGACUAUCUUGUCACCAGUCACGGGAAAGACAUGGAGGUCACACGUCUGAUCAAUAGCACUCGGAUCCACAUCAUGCCUUCCAUGAACCCAGAUGGGUUUGAAGCUGUCCAGAAACCCGACUGCUAUUACAGUAAUGGAAGGGAGAACUCCAACAAUUACGACCUGAACAGAAACUUCCCAGAUGCCUUUGAGAACAAUAACGUGACGAAACAGCCUGAGACCCUGGCAGUCAUGGCGUGGCUGAAAACAGAGACGUUUGUCCUCUCUGCAAAUCUCCAUGGCGGUGCCCUGGUGGCCAGCUACCCCUUUGAUAACGGCGUGCAAGCUACAGGGACACUGUUGUCCCGAAGCUUAACUCCCGACGAUGAUGUUUUUCAACACCUUGCGUAUACCUAUGCCUCACGGAACCCCAACAUGACAAAAGGAGAUCAGUGUAAAAACAAAAGGAACUUCCCCAACGGAAUCACAAACGGCUACUCCUGGUACCCACUGCAAGGUGGGAUGCAAGAUUACAACUACAUCUGGGCCCAGUGUUUCGAAAUCACACUGGAGCUGUCGUGCUGUAAAUACCCGCGGGAGGAGAAGCUACCAUUCUUCUGGAAUGACAACAAGGCCGCCUUGAUGGAAUAUAUGAAACAGGUGCACCUAGGUGUAAAGGGCCAAGUGUUUGAUCAGAGUGGAAAUCCGUUACCAAAUGUAAUUGUGGAAGUCCAAGACAGAAAGCACAUCUGCCCAUUUAGAACCAACAAACUUGGAGAGUAUUACCUACUUCUCUUGCCUGGGUCCUACGUGAUAAAUGUUACAGUGCCUGGACAUGACCCCUACCUCAAAAAGCUGACCGUUCCAGGGAAAUCCCAGACCUUCAGUGCUCUUAAAAAGGAUUUUCACCUCCCAUUGCAAGGGCAGGUGGAUUCCAUCCACGUAUCGCAUCCUUCGUGCCCAAUGACUCCUCUGUACAAAUUUAGGCCAAGCCACUCGGCUGCAACAAAGCCCAGUCUGUGCCUAUUUUUCUUGACUCUUAUGCACAUGUUUUUCAAAUAAAACAAAAUGUGAAACUCAACCCCCGUCGCCACCUGGAAUCAGGGAUUGGUUACUCCAGGUCACGGCGACUCUUUC